AUGGCCCUUGUUCGUCGGGUUUUGCACGAGAUGAUGUGGCGUGGUGUGGACCCCGAUUCACACGCUGUCCAGGCCAUCGGGCAGCUGUGCGUGGCGAGUGAAGAUCGCAGCACCACUGAGAUACUGGCCCGUCACAUCGCCUACUGCCAGAAGCUCAACACCAUAUCGCUGACGGCCAUGAACGCUCUCCCGACGGCCAUCGCGGUAGAGCUGCUCGUCGAAGAGGUCAACAAGCUCCAUAAGGAGAUCCGCUACCACAUGGGGGUGUCUCGUGAGAUCACACACAGAAAGAAGGCGCUGAAUCGCGGUAAGUGGGGGAGCGCAAGUGAAUCGCUGGAACGUAUAGCUCUGUGUCUCCAUCCCUUCAGGCAUUGCUGCCUCCAUUUUAUAUUCGUCGGGCUGUUUAUAUCCAUCUCUUUGCGCGUCAAAGCUGCCCAACACGACGAAAGACGUGGGAGACACAGACAGGAUCGGCUGUUUACCAGGCGGGAGAUUGCUGACGUGGACCUAAAGCAGCUGCGCAAUUCAUCAAUAAAUGAGCUGGUACAUGCAUGUGCGAGAGACACGAUGAACGGAUUAGCGAGGUUAUCACAUGUUAGUGUGUCUCUCUGUCUGUAUGCCUGUGCGCCAUCCAUCAGGCGCGAGUGUUGGCCACGCUGAAGGACCCCUCUCAGCGGACUAUUUGCCCCGACACUGACAGUGAGAAGAGCGACGUCAGUGGUGGGCAGGAGGAGGGCGAAGAUGAGAUCGAGGAGGGCGAGAUAGCUGAUGACGGCGAGGGGGAGGGUGGGGACGAGGGGCCCGAGGGCGAUGGUGGUGCCGAGGACGGUCGAGGCAAUCCAGGUGUGGGCAUGGUGCCUGAUGAAGGCGGUGUCUCUACUGAGAUGGUCUAUCAGAACCACCCUGGUAAGUGGGCCGUCAAGAACAAGGAAUAUAUGUGCACAGAUGGUUGGGGAUUGGCUCUUGCUUGAUGCCUCUUUGGCUGUGGAUGUGUGUGUGUGUGUAGAUUGGUUGGACGACUUUGCCGAGAUAGCCUUGCACGUGGACGGCGUGUCGAGUGGUCGCGGCCGCAUCAUGCUGCCCAGAGACCUGCAGGGGCCGGCCACAGUGCAGUGACGGACCUGCCACCGUAUCAAGGUCAGCCAGCGAGGGAAGGACACACAACCGGACAAGACAUCUGAGUGUCGUGUGCAUGUGUGUUGUGUGGUGCAGGCGAGUUGCGGUCAGAAAUAUUCUACUGGGGGGAAUUCGGAAUGCAGCUCUCACUGGUCGGCCAAGCCACCACACCACAUCACCGACACACACAGACGCUGUAUGUGUGUGUGUAUGUGCGGGAGAGAGCCGUCGAAGAGUCGCAUAUUGGCGCCUACCUGCUGUUUUCGGGCAACCUGGGCAAGCUGGUCGCCCCAUCAGUGCACUCUUGCUUCUUGCUGGAGCUCAGCGUCAUGGCCAAUGACGCCCCAGGCAACACACGCAUACUCCAGGUGCGCCAGUCACUGAGUCAGUGAGGGGCAUAUGUGCGAGCAGCCGACCGGUCAUUCGUUGGCUGCCGUUGCUGUGUGUGCAGACGUGCGACCUGCAAGAUACGGACAUCAAGAAGAGCGUGCGAAUGAGAAACCACGGAAGGAGCCACACACACACGUCUGUUUGUCUGUCUGUUUGUCUGUCUGUUUGUCUGUCUGUCAAUGAUCAGGGGGAGCGGCAAGGGCUGGGGCCGCCUCCUGACGACCGACUACGUGACGAGUGCGAUGCAGGAGGCCAACUCGAGAAUCUGCCUCUCCGAACCAUAUACGCCCUCGUGACAUACUCACAGCCACACCACAUCGAUGUCUCUGUCGUUGUCUGCUGCACAUCAGUCCCCAGCUUGAGCCAGCGGGAGCUGAUCACCCCGGUGCGAAGGUCGACCCCAGCAGCACUCGCUUGGAUGCCUGAACCAGACCCCACCCACAUACCCACCAGUACCAGGUGAGGGAGAUCAAAUCAGCACACAUACACCCGCCCAUUCGCAUAUGGGGGUGUGCGUCUGUGUGAUGGAUGUAUCAGCACUGGCAGCACUUCUGCCGCCGCCGCAGCAUCCCCCUCACUCACAGACCCCAUGCACACCAACGGCGCAUCGAGUAGUGGUGCAGCAGCAGACGGGGGAGGGUGGCGGUUGGGCGGCAGUGUGGUGGGCGGAGUGCGGUUCGAGACCAUUGAGGAGGGUGAUGAGGAGGAUGCCUAGACGCCAUCCAUGUGCGGUGUGGUGCGUGUGUUGAGACUGGUUGGCUGUGGUUUGAGACUGGUUGGCUGUGGUUAGGUGUUGGUGGCAAUGGGUGGUAUGGUCGUUGUUCACAGAGAGAUAGAUAGGCGAUCGGCAAGCGAGAGGUAGGCGCCAAUCGAGAUACGGCUAGUUGUGUCCUUUCCUUUCCUGUUUUGCGUCUCCGUGCCUCUCUGUCUAGGUAUCCAACAGGCACAGAGACGCAUGACAAGCUGCACAAGUAGGUGGAGCGCGGCAAACAGAAGGAGAAGGCCAAGAGACAGUGACUGCCGUCGGAGCACAACGCCCUCAAGGUCAUCAGAUACAUCAAAAGCGGCAGCGGGCCCCAGCGCGAGUGACCAGCUGCUGAUGAGCAAGGCCAUGGUCGCCAUUAACACGCAGCUGCCCCGUAAGGACAGAAAGACCAAAUUCAGCGAGACACUGGACCAUUUGGUGCGUGAGGAUAUUGCUGCAAGUGGGCGCCCCAGCUUUGGCCUGAAUUUUGUGUAUCUCUCUUCAGCCAUUGCUGCCUCCAUUUUAUAUUCGUCAAGCUGCUUAUAUCCAUCGCUUUGUGCGCCGAGUUCCACAUCGGAAGGAGAAGCGUCCCUGAAGGGCUGUUGUAUGGGCGCCCCGGCUUAUAAAACACCUACACGAUCACAAAGUGGGGAAGGCGGAAAUAGAGAGAGGCAGAGACUGCAGGGAGAGACAGGGAGGCGGCCUUGGAACAAAGCAUGUUUACCUGUUGGUUGUCUUCGUGCAGGUGGUCCACCGUGACAUGAAGGGAGACAAUUUGAUGUUCGCAGCGGAUGGCACUCUCAAGCUUUUUGAUUUCGACUUCUGUUUUUUCAUGGAUGUCGAGGGCCACCCACAUCGCAGACAAGACAUUCUUCCGGGAACAAGAAGAUAUGCAAUGGUGCACGUAGACGCUGUAUAUGUGUGUGUGUGCAGGAGAAAUCCAUCGACGAGGCGCAUCUUGGCGCUUACCCGAUGUUUUCGGAGACCACGGGCUGCCGUUGCUGUGUGUGCAGACAUGCGACAUGGGGGAGGUGGACAUCAAAAAGUGCGUGCGAAAGAAACCACGGAAGGAGCCACACACACACGUCUGUCUGUCUGUCUGUCUGUCAAUGAUCAGUGGGAUCGCCUCCUGACGACCGACCGUGUGACGAGUGCGAUGCAGGAGGCCAACUCGAGAAUCUGCGUAACCACAAUGAUCUACGCCCUCGGAGGUACGUACGUACGUAUGACAUACUCACAGCCACACCACAUUGGUGUCUCUGUCGUUGUCUGCUGCACAUUAGUCCCCAGCUUGAGCCAGCGGGAGCUGAUGACCCCGGUGCGAAGGUCGACCCCAGCAGCACUCGCAUGGAUGCCUCAACCAGACACCAACCACAUACCCACCAGUACCAGGUGAGGGAGACGAACACACACACACACACACACGCAGACAUGCACCCACCAAUCCACGUGCGUGUGUGAUGUGUGUGAUGCAUCAGCAGCAGCUCUGCGGCCGCCGCCGCAACAUCCGCCUCAUCCCCAGACACCUUGUACACAAACGGCACAUUGAGCAGUGGCCCAGCACCAGAUGAGGGCACUGGACAUACACGAUCUUUCCCGCACUCCAUUCUUCCCGCCCAGGGCCAGCUACAGAUCGCCCAUCUGUCUGUGUAUCUCUCUUCAGCCAUUGCUGCAGCGCUGCCUCCAUUUUAUAUUCGUCAAGCUGCUUAUCUCGCGAGACCCGGCACUCCCAUUGCGCAAAAGGCAUGGAGAGAUGGAUGAGGGUGCAGUUGCAGUUGCAGCUUGACAAGAAGCACACCACGAAUGCCGACUCAAAACACGUGGGUCAACGCGAUUUGUCUGUAUCUGAGUGUACAGUAUAUAUGUGUUUCCCCAGGUAUGCGCAUGAUGCUGCCUUCACGGACCUGACACCAUACAGAGGUGAGUCAGGGAGGGAGGAGGGAGGAAACUGAGUGUCGUGCGUAUGUGUUUGUGUAUUGUGUGGUGCAGGCGAGUUGCGCUCGGAGACAUUCUACUGGGGCGAGUUCGGCAUGCAACUCUCACUGGUCAGCCAAGCCACCACACGGCAUCACCGACACACGCAGACAAGGGUGGGGUGGGGGUGGGGUGCAAGGGGACCGUGAUGUAAGCACUCAAGGUGCGUGUGGACGGACUGUCCAUUGCAGCCAUGUAUACAAGCAUAUAGCUUCCCUCAUGAGCUCCGACUGACUGACUGCAAACGCUCAACGUCGCCAACUUGCACACGCACCAAUGCAAUGGAGCAUCCGCGCGUGCAUCCACUAGAUAAAAUGUCAGAACGCCCUCAAGAUCUUGAGUCUUGACUGCCUCGACAGACAGAGACACGCCAGAACCGUCCAACCAACCGACCACUUCGCAGGCAGGCAUCGAGAGACAAAGGGAGCGAGCAGGCGAGCGACAACACACACGAGAAGUGGAAAGAAGAGAAGAGAAGAGAAGUUCAGCCAGCCACACACCCAGCCACCCAGUCAGAGCCGACAUGCAGCGCAGCCACGCACUUACGCUUCCUUACGCACGCACUUACGCAUCCCCGCCCCCACCCUGGCUCCCGAAUGCACUCACCCACCCAGUCAUCAUCAUCACCCAAUACAACAAAAUACAUAUCGAUAUGUCAAUUGGACAGCCUCACACGUCAGUCAACUGUUGAGGGUCCUAGCAGCUUGCUGCGCGCGACGGCGGCAGCAUAUCGCGUGCAAGGAAGGGACGAAAAACAGCAGGGGCGGGGAGGGGGCUGGUUGGUUAUGCAUGAUGUUGCCCGCACGCAGGCAGGGAUGCAGGGAUACAGACACACCAGCAAGGCGGGCGGGUGUGAAUAUAAAAUCCAGCUGCAGGCAGGAACGAAAAACGAUACUCUGUCUGUCUGUCUGUCUUUUCUUUUGUGAGUUCUCGUGCGCCGCCGUUGGCACACGG